CUUCCAGUGUGCACAGUGAAGAGUUACUUGGAUGGCUGAGUUGCCAAGACACUCCUGGCUUGCAGGAGCAGCUCCUAAAUGCCAAGCAAGGCAAUGGCAUUGACAUAUCAAGAUAAUGCUCUGCCCAUAGUUUGGAUUGAUGGAUUGGAGGAGAAGCUGGCACGCUGCAGACAGAGCAUGGAGGAGGUGGACCUUAAGCUGCGCAGGGAGAAGCUCAGCCCCGAAGGAAGAAAGUCACUGGAGAGAGAGCGAAACUUACUAAUGACCAAAGCUGACAACUAUGAGAAAGAACUGAGUGUGCUUCGUAAGGAAAAUCGCAAGAAUGCUGCCCUUGCUGUGGCCAUGGCAUUGCUGAUUGCUCUUAUUUACGCCUGCUGGACAAUGUGAUUGCACUCAAGAAUUCUCCCUGCUGAACAAAUGACUCCUGCAAGGAGCUCUUCCUCCUCUCACCACUGUGCCUCCCCCAAGGGUGAGGAUCAGCAUUUCAAAUUACUGUUCUUGUUUAUUGUCUCCAAGCCUUGUUGUAGGGAAGAUUUUUUUGCUGCAAAUCGAGGACAGGAGACAAACCAGAAAUCACAGCACACUUGUGCUUGGAAAUCAGGUCAAGCAGAGCUCAAGGUGGUGCCAUCUUAGCCAAAACACAGUCAGGACCAUCCGGCCUGAUCCAGGAAGGCAAUACAUUCUUCCUUUUGAAGAGGACCUUUGUGAUUGCAGACAGGUGCUUUCUGCCCAGCCCUGGUGGAAUACACACCUUGGCUCCUAUGACACAGUCGUAAACUGAAGGGACCAAGCUCUUGAUGCAAAGGGUAAUCUGUAGGUAACUGCAAUUCUGUAUAUAGCUGAGCUAAAGAUGCUUCCUCCUCCACCCUGACUUCCAGGACCAGAGGAAUCCUACAUCUACAAAAGCAGAUGGGAUGUAGGUAUCUCUGCAAGCAGGGAGCAUCCACAUUGAGAUAUGGCUGCUUGGGCUGUGAGAUGGUCUGCCUACCUCUCCAGUGCCUCAGAGCUUGGUAGCCAUUUUGUGCCUUUGAGAAUCAGCAUUUCCAGAAGACAAUUUACUAUCAACCCCCAGAGAUCAAAGUGCUUGUGUAGAGCUUUAAAUAAAAUAAUUUGACCUUUUAA